ACAGUGAGUCAUAUCAGCUGCAAAAGUCUGAUCCACGUCAGUCUCUUUGGUGAUCUUGCCGAGAGACAAAAUCCACAUGCGAUUCAAUAAUUCUGAAUAGAAUAUUCAAUCGAUUCAUCUGAAUCCUUAUUCUGCUUACUUACUCAUAGUAUGACAUUUUAAUUCAGAUUCAAUCAAGAAAACCAUUUUUCUUGACUACCCAUCUUUCUUAUCAUCAUUCUCUACCCAGUUUCAGAAUUAAGAGAAAGACACAAGUAAUUUGUCUUGAUCACCCAUUAAUGGCUUCUCUGAGUUUGACCCAGAUCAGAGGCAAGAAUUCGGUUGCUGAGCUUGCUGCUUUGAGCCGUCCUUGUUUCUUGGCAACUCAGCGUCUUAAAAACAGAGUUGGAGUGUUGAGAGUGGCGUCUGAUGCUUCUGAGACUAAGGUAGAACCCGAUUUGAGUGUCACUGUAAAUGGAUUAAAAAUGCCCAACCCGUUUGUUAUUGGGUCCGGUCCACCUGGCACCAACUAUACAGUCAUGAAGCGUGCCUUUGAUGAAGGAUGGGGUGCUGUAAUCGCUAAAACUGUGUCACUAGAUGCAGAAAAAGUUAUUAAUGUAACCCCAAGAUAUGCACGGCUCCGAGCAGGUGUUAAUGGCUCAGCCAAAGGGCAGAUAAUUGGUUGGGAGAAUAUAGAACUCAUAAGUGACCGUCCUCUUGAAACCAUGCUGAAAGAAUUUAAACAAUUGAAAGAAGAAUACCCAGAACGGAUCCUCAUUGCUUCUAUCAUGGAGGAAUAUGACAAAGCUGCUUGGGAAGAACUUAUUGAUCGAGUAGAGCAAACUGGAAUUGAUGCCAUUGAAGUCAAUUUUUCAUGUCCUCAUGGUAUGCCUGAACGUAAAAUGGGUGCUGCAGUUGGCCAAGACUGUGGACUUUUAGAAGAGAUUUGUGGAUGGGUAAAUGCAAAGGCUACUGUCCCAGUAUGGGCAAAGAUGACUCCUAACAUCACUGACAUAACAGAGCCAGCUAGGGCAGCACUCAGAUCAGGAUGUGAGGGGAUUUCUGCCAUUAACACAAUCAUGAGUGUAAUGGGAAUCAAUUUGAAAACCUUACGGCCAGAGCCCUGUGUUGAGGGAUACUCAACUCCUGGUGGUUAUUCUUCUAAAGCAGUCCAUCCUAUUGCACUUGGGAAAGUUAUGAAUAUUGCCAAGAUGAUGAAAUCUGAAUUUAAUAUCGAUCAGUACUCACUUUCUGGUAUUGGAGGCGUCGAAACUGGCAGUGAUGCUGCCGAAUUUAUUCUUCUUGGAGCAAAUACAGUUCAGGUCUGCACCGGGGUUAUGAUGCAUGGAUAUGGCCUAGUGAAGAAACUCAAUGAUGAACUGAAGGAUUUUAUGAAAAUGCACAACUUCUCUUCUAUUGAAGACUUCAGAGGGGUAUCUCUCGAUUAUUUCACAACUCAUACAGAUUUGGUUCGCCGGCAAAAAGAAGCAAUUGAACAGAGGAAAGCUGUCAAAAGGGGUCUGCAGUCUGAUAAAGACUGGACAGGAGAUGGUUUUGUAAAAGAGUCAGAGAGCAUGGUUUCCAAUUAAUUUACCACAGUAUAGUAAGUUUUCUCUGUUGUACGACCGAAAUAAGUUGGAUAGCUACCUCAUGUUCUUUUGAUACCUGAAACAAGGAGAUUAUUACAGUAAUAAUUAGGUUGCUAUUUGGUGAUUGUCCUUUUAUUGUAUAGAAAAAUCUGAAACUGCCACAUUAAAAUGGAAUUAAAUGUCCCUGGAGUUUAUACAUGUCAUAUCUUUAUGAGAAUGAGACUGUUUGUGUCCAA